AUGCUUUCGAUGCUCAGUGCAAAUGAUAACCAAGAAUUGACAUCAAAAAUCACCCUUUUUUCAGAGUUCAUAAAAUUAGAUAAGAAAGCUGCCUUGAAAGCAAUUUUUACUUUUGCGCACUUGAACCAGUUCAGGAGGGAUCGUAAAGAGAAAACACUUGUACUCUGGCAAGAAGGGUUUUCCAAGGUUUUGAAGAGCUUUUGGUAUCCCACCUAUCCUGAAGGAAAUUCAAUGCCCACCUGGGACAAGAUUUUCAAUCUGAACAAUGCAAAGUCAACUAGUCGGGUUAAAUGGAUCUUUUUCAGAAGGUGCGAUGCUGUUGUCCAAUCCACCGAAAAGCAGAACUCAGUUCAAAAGCAAGAAGAUGAUGAUGAAACCGUGAAAGGUUCAAAUGUAGCCUCUGCAAAGAAAUCAUGUUUUGGAAUAUCGGAUGCUGUAUUUGCUCGUUUGAGUGUCAAAUUUACAAGAGUUUACGAGAACCGCUGUUGGUCGCCUCGGCUUAAAUGA